CACGACGCGGAAACCACAGAACGUUAUCCCAUCGGAAAAGAUCUCCGCGACUCCCAUUUCCGACCACUCCGGCGCCGUACCCAGCGAGCGAGCGAGCGAGCGAGCAGCCAUGGGGUUUGCUCCGGUCGCGACCUACUCUUCCUUCCCAGCGCCGCCGCCGGCGAGGAGCACGGAGUACCGGGCGCACCUCGCCGCCGCAGGGCUCUCCGCGAGGGCGUCCUCCUUCGCCGCCGGCAGCGGGCUCGCCGUGGCGGCGGCUUCCGUCGCGGUGGCCGCGCGGCCGAGGCGGACGGGCGCGGGGGGCGGCGCGCUCGGGUGCAAGUGCCUGUUCGGGCUCGGCGUGCCGGAGAUGGUCGUCAUCGCCGGCGUCGCCGCGCUGCUGUUCGGGCCCAAGCAGCUCCCCGAGAUCGGCCGCAGCGUCGGCAAGACCGUCAAGAGCUUCCAGCAGGCAGCCAAAGAGUUUGAAACGGAACUGAAGAAAGAACCCGAGGAUGGCGGCGACCAGCCUCCACCUGCAACCGCCACAGCGGUUAGCAGCGACGGCGAAGAGAAACCGGAGCUAGAAGCAUCGAGUAGGAAAGAGAGCGCAUGAGGACUGGUCUGAGGCUCGUGGACUAGAAGAGUCGUGUAUGUAAGAACAGUGUGAUGUUUUAGCACAUUGCUCCCUUCUUUUUUGAUGUUCUUGCAGGCAUGUGCGGCGAUACAUUAUCUGUAACCAGGGGAGACAAGUCUGUGAAAUUACCAUCUUGUUAAUGUA